AUGGCCACACCCUUUCACACCUCGAGGCCGCCACUCCGGUCCAAGUUCAGCCAGUGCUACGCCGCCCUCCUAUCAGGGCAGCAGCCUUGGACACAGGCAGAUGCAUCCACAUCGAGCACAGAUGCUGCCGCUGCCGCUUCCGCAGACGGUCACGCCGCGCCGCGCCCCGACCUGUCGCGGACAAAGUCGAAGGGCAAGACCAACUCUGGUCCGCAAAUCCGCUACUUUGCCGACCUCCUCUGCCUUCCCGUCGAGACGCGUCUCGUCGUCGAGCUGCUCGGCGCCGUCUCGGCCGACGCUCUGCUCGACGACGAUCCGGCUAGCAGGGGCGCCCUCAUUCGCGACAAUGUCGGGAGCCUCUGGCGCGAGGCCAUCCGAGUCUGGCGGCAACGCGAUGAAGACGAUGUACGCAGGAGGAAUGCAGUCGACACCCUGGUCGCCCUCUCCUAUCCCAUCCUCGCAAAGAGGUUCUCAAACUAUGCGUUCGACAUCAUCGCCAUAUUCGCCGGCGGAAUGGACGAGGCCGACGACGUCUUCAUCUCGCUCGUCGACGCCAUCGAUGACGCGCUACGCUCGCACCGGCCUCGGAGGACGGUACUCGCUUCCGGCGUCCGCGACGAAAGCGCCGACGACCACGAUGCCCAUGGUGCAGCCGCCGCGAGUGAGGCCGCCUACCUCGAUCGCGACCUUCAGCACCGGGCCCUCCAGCUCGGCCUGCUUUGGCUCUCGUGCGUAUCGCAAACGUCACUCGGUGCCUACUUUCUCCGCCGCGACCUCUUUGUCACCGUCACCGCAUUUGUCCGUGCGCCCUCGACGUCGAUCUUUGCCUUUGAGUCAUCCCUCUUCCUGGGCUUGCUGGCCACCGUCGGACAAGGAUCUUCCAGCAGUCUGAUGCUCAGCUCGAGCACCUCGAACCCGUACGCGCGGAGGAUGCGUGACUGGGUCGAUUACGAAUGCAUGGCCAAGAUCCUCUUUGCAGCUGCAGCUGCCCUCGAACAGGCGACACAGCAGUACGUCGAGCUGGCCGACGACACUGUGCCGACCUUGGCAGGCUCCCUCGCCGGCAUGGCAAGCUUACGAUGGAUCGGAGGGCUCGGAGAGAUCGUGGGCAUGACGACCUCGGCCAGCUCCACUUCGAUCGCAUCGGACAUCAACGGAAGGCGGAGGCCUAGCGCCACGGGUGGGCCAGACUUUGCCCACCUGCCCAGUCCGAGCACCGUUAUCCUGCUGCCGGUCUUCUUGCUGGCUCGGUCCAACCAAGCCUUCGCCUCGAAGGUUGUGUUCGCCACGGGCUGUCCCACCAACGCGGAUGAUGUGGCGCAAACACAGGACGACGACGGGGCGACUGGUUGUUCAUAUGUCCAACUUCUCUCGCUGAGCUCUUACCUGUGCACGCAUGCCGCCGGCACCCCUCGCUCCCGCUCGUACGCACGGGUCGCCUUGCUGCUGCUGCUCGUCCUUCUUCAUGAUCCGAGCGGCAUCCGCGCCGUGCUCGAUGAUUCUGACCGAUCGACUAGGCUACGCGAGCCGGGUCUCUCGUAUCCGCGGCAGAAGCCUCGGAGGCUCGUCACGUGCAACAUCGUCGUUGCCACCUGCCACCUUCGUCACAACCUCAGCAAGCGGCUCGACAUCCACAGCCACCUCUUGGGUCUCCGAAUCAUCCAGCGCAGCAUCACGCUCUGCGCGGCGGAGCGCAUCUCGCUCGAGUUUGACUGGGCGGACACGUGGAAUGCGAUCUUCUCGCUCGCCGCUUUCGUGGCGGGCCGGCACGCCGAGAUUCGCGCCGGAGCCGAACUGCCGCAGCUUGUCCGUUCCAUCGUCGCCACGCUCAAUACGGCGCUGCUGCGGUCCGACCAUUUCCUCGCAUCAACCAAGGAGACGCAGGCGUUUCUCUACGAGCUGGUGCGAUCCUCGCACGUCAUCCGCACCCUUGCAUGCAUCCUCGACCCCGCCGUGGUCCCUGCGUCACCUCGCGAGGGCUCUGCGACGCUUCUGGAGGCGACACCGACACCACCGAAGCUCUACGCGCUGCUCCCCGGCUAUCGCAACCUGGAACACGUGAUACUCGCGGUCGAGGCGCGAAUUUCGGAUUGGGUGGCGGCAAAGCCGUCCUCGAGACGCAACAAGACGCCGGACAUCGUCACCGUCUCCAAGAUUGUCUCGAACCUCAACCUCGAAGACCUCUUGGCCGGCGGCGACGACGAAGCGAGUGAGGGAGCGACGGCCAACGUCGUCCGGGCGCGAGACAAUGCGGAUCUCGAAUGGCUCGACAAGAUGCAGGAGAGCAGCCUGGCCGAAUUUGUCAGGUGGAGCUGUGCUGAUGUGAUGCGCAUCUUGCCAAUCUACUGA